UUGGGCGAUUCUUACCCAGCAUGCAACGCGCGCAUCGGUUCCUGGGGUGAGAAGAUUUCCAUAGGCAGAACAAAACGGCGGAAGGAGUGAGAGGCUUUUCACCAUCUCCCACUCGGGGUCCCCCGAGCAACAAAUCAUUAGAAGAGAUAAAUUAUUUCAUUUUAAUUGCCAGCUAGUUUGAAGUCGCGGUGGCACAUUGGUGAUUCAUUACCUCUUUCGAAAAAAAAGUGACAGGUACAGGGAUGACAGGCCCUGACAAACGCCGGCACGUGCGGGGUGCAAUAGAGAAUACGAAGAGACGUCAAGUAUAGUGAGGCCGAACCAGUUUACCGCCCGGGUGGAGAGGACCUUGUGGGCUAAAGUGACCACGACCGUGACAAAGAGUUAGCCGGCCCCAUUCUUCGUCUACACACAUCUUCUGAAGAAAAAAAGUCCCCUCUUUUUUGACUUUACCGGCCGCGCGUCUUGAUCCUGCCGCUUGGUAUUUAAAAGACUUCAAAGCAGCCGGCAAGACAUCAAAGCGCAUCAGAGAAGACCAUCAAACCUGCCCGAGACCUGCGGACCCACCGCACGCUUUUGUUUUGUUUUGGUUCUUUUUGCUUUCCUUGGAUGUUCGGUUACGUCUCAACAAGGGCCGAUUUCAGCUUCCAGUGUGUCCUUUGUUAGCACGUCUAGCUGGCGUUUAUGUCCCUCUCAUUAUUGGUAAAGACUGGAAGUUUCUUUAUAGGGGGAAGAGUGUUUUUACCGAAUUCCUUUUCAGUCACUGUACUUCGCUACCUCGGGAGAACAGUACGGCAAAUGUUGGUCAGCUUCUGUGAGUGAGUCCUUGAACUUCCUUUUGGAGUUUGACAGUCGUUAAAAGCCUUUCAAACAGGAGAGUAUUCGGGAGGCUGUUCAUUCUCGAGGGGAUACGGCUAAGCUUGCAGAGCGAUUCCAGGUUGACUGUAUAAAUAGCCCACUACUACAGGCUCAUCAUGAAGCUCGAAUGGCUCGUGGCUUUUUUCGUACUCCCUAUGGCCAGUCUACUAGCUAAGGAAACCACGGCAGCAUCCAGCGGCAAGUGGUGGAGCAUCGCCACCUACCCCCAAAAGUCCAACAUCGUCACCGACACGCAAGGCACAGAGAUCUCGCUGGAGCCGCAGAUGCGGCCGCUGAAUAAGCGCCAACGGCGGAUGGUGCGAGACAAUCCGGGCAUCCUACUCGCCAUCUCCCAGGCCGUCAAGACGGCCGUCACCGAGUGCAAGUUCCAGUUCCAGAACCGACGGUGGAACUGCCCCACUCUGAUGAACGUUCAGGGGGCCAACAGUCUCUUCGGCAAAAUUCUUAAUAUAGCGUGCAGAGAAACGGCUUUCAUCUACGCGAUUACCAGCGCCGCUGUCACCCACUCUGUGGCCCGCUCCUGCAGUGAAGGUAGCGUAGAGACGUGCACCUGCGACUACAAGUACCAGCGACCCAGCGGCGACGACUGGGAGUGGGGCGGAUGCAGCGACAAUAUCGCCUUUGGCCACCGCUUCUCGCAGAAGUUCGUGGACGCCGACGAGAAGGGGCGAGAUUUGCGGUUCAUGAUGAACAUUCACAACAACGAAGUUGGAAGACUGACGGUUUCGUCCGGCAUGCGACGGGAAUGUAAGUGCCACGGGAUGUCCGGCAGUUGCACCAUCCAGACCUGCUGGAUGCGCCUUCCGACCUUCCGCACCGUCGGCGAGUUCCUCAAGGACCGCUUCGACGGCGCAUCCCGUGUUGCGCUCCGCAACGAGGGAGUGCGGGGCAGCAGCGGCAGCGGCGGCUCAUCCGGCAGCGGCAGUGGCAGCGGCAGCACCAACAACAACGGCAACCGGGGCGGGCGCGGCCGAGACCGGGGCCAGCGGACCGAGGGCGGCACCGAGGCCAACUUCCAGCCCUACAACGCCAACCACAAGCCGCCGGGUGCCCGCGACCUGGUCUACUUCGACGAUUCGCCGGACUUCUGUGUGCGGAACGAGAAGGUGGGCACCCUAGGCACCGUGGGGAGGGAGUGCAACAACACCUCCCUGGGCGUGGACGGGUGUGACCUGAUGUGCUGCGGGCGGGACUAUGACGGGUCCCAGGUUCGAAUCAAAGAGAGGUGUAGCUGCACGUUCCAUUGGUGUUGCAAAGUGAAAUGCCAAGAGUGUACGACAGUAAGGACCGUAUAUCGAUGCCGGUAAAAGAUUGUAUACUGUACAUGUAUGAAUUGGUAUUUCUGUAAACAUCGUGUUCAAAACCAUGUCUUAUGUGUUUAAAUCUCACAAUUCCAGUCAUUUUGAAUUACCGGUCAGAAAAAAGAAAUUUUAAAAUUCGUGUAACAUAUUUUCUUUUUGACAUGUUUAAACAGGGACCCUCACAUAAACCCGUAGAUCGCGAUGUUUACUCCAGUGUACCUAUUUUCUUAACUGCGAUAUGCAUUUUUGGUUCCACAAAAUCUGACCUAUUCAGCACCAUCAUGCAGAAAAACUAUAAAUACCAAAAAUGUCAACCAAGAGCGCUCGAAGUAGAAACAGUGAAAAUAGCAUUUUUACCAUGAGACAUGGUGUUGUCCAUGAAUCUUUAUCAUGUAAAUAUAUAUUAUAUGAUACUUUUAUUAACUUUAAUUUAGCGUGCGAAAUAAGUAUUGUUUGAUACGGUUUAAUUUUUUAGUACAGCCUUUACCAUUGCCUAGCUGGACAUGGGACUUAAAGAAUAUUGCUGGGAAAUUCCAGCUUAAAAUGUAUGGAUAUGGACAAAAACCAGCUCACUAAGUUGCGCUGUGGCCUGAAUUCUACAUUAAAAUAUGUGUGUAAUUCAAUGAUUUUGAGCGUUGCAGCUCGGUGGCUUUAAUGUAACUAUUGGGUCAUCGUUUGCUGUACUAUCUGUGGGCUUUGUUUUCACUCUAUGGAAAUUGUCACUUUGUCUUUUGACCACUUGGACGCCGGAUGCCGUGUAAACCCCCGUGUGUACUAUUCGAGUCCAUCACAAGUCCAUUACACGUCAUUCAGUCUUAAGCCAAUUCACAAGCUAUUCAAAAGAGCUGUGAC